ACACCGUGUAAAAGUUUGAUUGCUAACUGUUAACUUCACUAAAAACAUUAAAACAUGCAUACCAAACUAAUAUUUAACUAAUUAUAAUUUAUCUAUUAUUGAUUAACAUGUAAUAUGAAGACAACACUUAAAAACUACUACAAGAAGAGCUGUGUUAGAAGAUCUGUGCUGUACAGGGUCAAAGUUUUAUUCACUGUACCUUUAUAAUCAUAGCUCUGUGUAGCUCCAUGCCAGGUUAUAAAACCUCAACUCAAAUCAGAGUGAAAGGCCAACACACACCCAGAUCUCAGGUGCAAAGUUUAAUUAUUGCAAGAGCUGUAAGGAUUAGUAAAUGCAUUUGCCGCUGGGAAUGGAAACACUACAACUAAGAUUCUAAAUCUUCUAGCCUGGGUUGUAGCAUGGAUGAUGUGUUUCCCCUACUUGCCAUUGAACAUCCUGCAUGUGCCUGGUGUAAUGACCAUGGUAAAUUGAUACACUGUGCAACUACACACUGUGUGUGUAGAGUAAAAGCUUGAUGAUGGGGCUUUAUCAGUCCAGCAGUGGAGGAGAAACAUCUGAUUCAAAAGUAAAGCCUGCAGAACCCCCAGAACCCAGCUGUGUGUCUAUAAAGAGUGAAGGGUCUAUGGGGGAACCUCCUAAAUUCAGCAGUGGAAGAGGAGAACCCAGCUGUGUGUCUAUGAAGAGUGACCGGUCUAUGGGGGAACCUCCUAAAUUCAGCAGUGGAAGAGGAGAACCCAGCUGUGUGUCUAUGAAGAGUGACCGGUCUAUGGGGGAACCUCCUAAAUUCAGCAGUGGAAGAGGAGAACCCAGCUGUGUGUCUAUGAAGAGUGAAGGGUCUAUGGGGGAACCUCCUAAAUUCAGCAGUGGAAGAGGAGAACCCAGCUGUGUGUCUAUGAAGAGUGAACGGUCUAUGGGGGAACCUCCUAAGUUCAGCAGUGGAGAAAGAGGACCCAGCUGUGUGUCUAUGAGGAGUGAAAGGUCUAUAGGGGAACCUCCUAAAUUCAGCAGUGAAAGAGGAGAACCCAGCUGUGUGUCUAUGAGGAGUGAAAGGUCUAUGGGGGAACCUCCUAAAUUCAGCAGUGAAAGAGGAGAACCCAGCUGUGUGUCUAUGAAGAGUGAACGGUCUAUAGGGGAACCUUCUAAAUUCAGCAGUGGAGCCGCACCCUGUGAUUCAGAGUAAGUUGUGUUUUAAUAAAAUUAGAGAACAUAUUUAAUGAAGUUAGAGAAAUUACUACAUUGAUACGUUAUGAGUUUAAUUAAUAUCAUAGACACUAAUUUCUCUAGGUAUUUCUCCAGGUCAGGCAGACGGCCUGUGUUUGCAUGAACACAUAAACAAACUGUAGCUUUCUUGGUCCCUGUCUACCAUAAUGAUAACAACACUGGUUUAUUAAACAUUGUUUUCCAAUUUCUGGAGAUGAGUAGAUUUGAGAAAUGCAGUGUAGGCAGGGGAGAGAGUGUCAGCAAUACUAAUGUGAUUGAUUAAUAUCAUAAAAAAUACUAAUACAUGUCAAUCUGUUAUUAAGUAUUUAAAUAAUUCGGGGUACACAUUAGGACAUUUAAUUCUGUAGAGGCUGGGAAACAGCUAACUUUAGAAGAAAAUUGUUUCCUCUUUUUUUCUUUCCAAUGGCCAUCACUAGCCAUCACUAACACUAUUUUGGUCUUUGUUUAGUGAUGGAUGUUGUAGAUAGAGACAUAGUCAUUUCAUACUGUAACUUUACACCAAUACUGUACAGAUAUUGAUGUAUACACUCCCUUCAAAAACUAGUGGAACAGUCAGGCCAAUCUAUUAAUUUCUAAUGUAGACUGAACAUAUUUGAACAUAUUAAAAGAUAAAUAUGAGAGAAAAGAUCCACACUCCAACUUUUAUUUUCAGAUAUGUACACCUGUAUCUGAUACACAGUUAAGAAGAGAGCACUUUUUGUCUGAAUCUGAGUAUAAAUAUCUAUGCAGAUUUUUUUUUCUGUGCAGUUUGUGCAUUUUUAGUUAAAAGAGUAACCAACAUGACAACCAGAGGGCUGUAUAUGGGUGAACAACAAGCUAUUGAGAAGUUGAGAGAAUAUGGAAAAUCAAUCAGAGCCAUUGCCCAUAGCCAGCACUAAAUAACAGGUGUUGAACAGGUAGACCAAGGAAAACAACCACAGUUGACGACAGACAUUGUUCGUGCUGUAAAGGAAGACCCUAAAUCAAGUGUAAGUGACAUCAGAAAUAAAAUCCAGAGGGCAGGAGUGAAGGUAUCACAAUCCACUUUUUGCACAACUUUAUGAACAAAUUAAAAAGGAGAAUAAAGGGAGUAACCCCCAAAACAAACACUAACUAAAAGAGCCUGUGGUGAAAGCAUGGAAUGGUAUCACAAAAUAUGAAUGAGUUGAAUUGUGACAGUGUUUUUGCAAACAAAGGAUUUGCAAAUAAAUAAUCAUUUAACAUGUAUCUGUCAAUACUUUUGCUCACAAUAAAAAUGGAGAUAUUGAUUUUGUAAUGGAAAACCCAAAAAAUAAAGGGAUGAGCCUUACUGUUCCAAUACUUUUAAAAGGGAGUGUAUAUUUCUUUUUUUUUUUUUUCUGAUUUUUCCCCAAUUUGGAUAUCCAAUUGUCCCACCCCUUUGUGCGUCCCCAUAACCGGUGACGCCCGUGACCUUUGGAGGAUGCGGAUGAGCACACGCCUCCUCCGACAAGUGUGAAGUCAAUCACCCCUUUUUUCGAGCUGCUGCGGAUGAAUCACUGCCUGAGCAGCUAGCGCGCUCGGAGGAAAGCACAGCGGCUAGGUUUUGAUUCAUCUGCUCACAGACGCCUCGUGCCGCCCAGCGCCACCUUAAGUGUGAUAGGGAGAGAGCGCCAUCUACCCACCCCAGAGGGAGCAGAGCCAAUUUUGCUCCCUCUAAGCACCGGCAGCUUGAUGGCAAAGCUGCAUGAGCG